AAUAACGAAUUCUGCGCCCUGUCCAGUUUUCCCUUCUUGAUUUAGGAUUCAAUCCCAGAUGAAGACGAGAAGAAGGCGGGUUUGUCUUCACACGUGUGCGUGAAAGUUGUGUUGGAGUUUGCAGAAAGAAACCAGAAAGUAAACAAAGUGUGUUUGAAGCCAAUGGCAGGAAAAUGAGUCUGGUACUGAAUGAGCUGCUGCUGUGCUGCCGUGGACUGGACCAUGACAAGGCCACUGAGAGGAAGAAGGAGGUGGAUCGUCUCCGGAGGCUUCUUCGGGAUCCUGAAACGGUGCGGGAACUCGACAUUGUGUCCACCAGGAAAGCCCCGGAAGGCAGUACUCAGCUCAUCACAUGGGAUGCUUUGUUCGGGUUCUUGAAGAAGUACCUGAAGAAAGAGAAUGAGCUCCUGAAGUCGAACAAAUCGAAAGUCUCAGCUGCCACUCAGACCAACCGGCAAAAGAAGAUGCAGGAGAUCAGCAGCCUGAUUAAAUUCUUUGUCCAGUGUGCCAACAAACGAGGGCCGAAGUUAAAGUGUGCGUAUCUGCUGGCUCAUGUGGUGGAGGUUCUGCAGAGCUCCUUUAGCUGUGCUAUAUAUGGAGAGGACUACAGUAGCAUCCUACUCAAGAACAUCCUCUCUGUCCGCAAGUACUGGUGUGAGAUUACUCAGCAGCAGUGGCACUGUCUGCUGGAUGUGUUCACUUCGUCCAAAUCUAUAAACCGGGUUUUAGUGAGCAGGAUCAUUCACACCGUGGUUCAGGGAUGCUGCCUUCAGACUAACAGCUUGUCACACAUACUCUUCAGCUCUUUCUCAAAAGCACUCAGUAACAUCAGAACAGAGAGACACCUGCAGGUGCUGGAGUACCUGAUCUCUGCUCUGAACGUGUUUCUGCGCUCUGUGGCGAUGAACCGCAGGAGACGAGUGUGCAGACUGGGAGAGGAACUGCUUCCUUCCAUCCUGCAUGUGUGGAGCGAGAUGAGGCCCAGCUCCAGUCUGAAAGAGGAAAUGGUGGAUUUCUUUAACAUACAGCUCAGCGUGCAUCAUCCCAAAGGAGCCAAGACAGUGGAGACGGGUGCCCAUGCAGAGGACUGGGCGAAAUGGCGGAGUCUCCUCUACAGCAUGUAUAGUGCUCUCGAAGGGGAGAUCAGCCACAUCGGCAGUCGCGGAAAGUACGCUACGGGUUCUCGUAAUAUCGCUGUCAAAGAAAAUCUUAUUGAACUGACUGCGGACAUUUGCCACCAGCUGUUUAGUCAGGAUUCACGUGUUGUGUUGAGGGACAGCACGCAGAGCAGCAAGCGGCGGCGUAUGGAGCUCGGCUGGGAAACGCUGAGGGAUCACCUACAACCCCAUCACAGCGACUUCGACAUGAUACCUUGGCUACAGGUGACUGCUGCUCUGACUUCUAAAUACCCCUCCAUGCUUCCUGCCCACGAGCUGGGCCCUCUGCUGUCUCUGCUGUGCCAGCUGCUGGGCGAGCAGCAACGUCGAGGAGAGAGGGGCCUGUAUGUACUGCCCUGCCUGAAGCAGUUGGCUCUGUGCCAGUCCAAAAUCUCAGGAAAGAGCCAGGCUCUGCCGGGAGAAGUAGGCCGGAUUUGGGCCAGAGUGUGGGCGCUGGCAGUGCGAGGCGUCAGUUCUGCUUACACUGAGGCUCUGUGCCUAGAGCUAUUACAAACCCUGGUGCAGUGCCACCUUGUGCCCGUCGACAGAGAGUUCUGGAAGCUGUUCUCUGGCGCCGUGUGUAAACCAUCUGCUGUUUCAGCCCUCAGCCUCGCCCAGGCCUUGUUGACGUGUUCGGUUCCGAAGAGUGUGUACAGCAGUGAGUGUUCGUCAUCUGUGUUGCUGGAUGCUGGCUCUCCACUCUCUCUGAAAGAAGCAAUCAUUGACUGGCUGCUUAUGAAUGAGCAGAGUGAUGAAAUGGAGGAGAGCGUCAGACUUCACCCAAUCAUCUGCAGGAAUAUUCCUCUAAAUAUUAUCCCGAGAAUUCUGGUGGCUUUGACGCUGAAAGACACCAUGGCAGGAAUGGCAUUUCUCAUGAGUUCACUUCAGCUAGAGAGUGUAUCUGCUCCGGAUCGGCCUGCGGAAGCUAGAACCCUGCUGAAUGAAAUUGAGACACUGUACCUGCAGGUCAGUUUUGAUGAUGCGGCGUCGCGGUCUGCAGCCAAAGCAGACAGAAGCGGAACAUUGAGAGAAAAGCCUCAGCUCACCGUCAUCGACUCUCUCAGGACUCGAGUGGAACAGAGUCUUCAGGCUGUAGCUGACCAUCUCCUCAACUCCUUCUCUCCUGACACUCCUAAUACCUCCCCUGCGUGUAUGGUGAGCUGCUUGAGACUUCUUAUUGGUACCCUGGGUUCCUUUGUAUGCAUCAGAUUCCUUACUGAGGAAAACGCAUGCCACACUCCUCUCUUUCAGAAAGCAAAGGCUAUAGCGCAGGACUUGAGUGAAUACAUUUCCUCUGCAAAGACCAGGUUAAGUGAAGAUGAAACUCUGUCCACGCUUCAAUCUGUGAUGCUGCUGUACUCAGAAAGCAUCAGCACGAAGAAUAAAGACAGUGUUUCUACAAUCUCUCGCAGUUUAGUAAUGAAGGCUCUCCCCGCUCGACUGCUGAGUGAGCUGGCGGAAAUCUGCAAGCUAAUGUUAGGUAACUCUGCUAAAAGAGACAGCACAGGGGUUGAUAAUGAUCUGGAUGACAUGGAGGUGAGCAGAGAUCAAAUGGAGGAGAACCCACAAGAAGAAGUUGAUCUGUUUGAUGAUGGUGACAGCGCACAGCACAGCAACACCGGAACGCGGAUGCUUAAUACUGACCUGACGGACUUCCAGCAUGGUUCAGGAGCGAAGAGCCCUCUAUCACAAGAUCACCUGACCAAACAGGACCUGGCCUUCCUGGACACUCUGGAGUUUCUUGCUCUGUGCGCGUCGUUUGAACAGAGUACCGGCCUCAGCUUUAAACCGCUGGACCUUCAACGCAAGCUGCUAAAACUUUUGGAUCCAAUGGAUUGUGCCAAACCGCUGCACCUCCACAUGUAUCUGGUUCUGCUGAAGGUGCUUCCUGCAGAGAGGAUGUCUCUGAAAGCUGAAGAGUUUGAUUUGCUGCUCAGACCACUUGCGGACAUAUGUUCGCAGUACCGCCAAGAUCAAGAGAUGUGCUGUGCCAUCCUGUUAGCGCUGCUGCCAUGUGUGUGCUGCCUGCGCGGCCUACGGUCUCCACCUGAGCAGGACGAGGAGAUGCAUCAUGUCCGGGGUGUCCUGCUGAAAGUGCUCUCAGGAUUCCGUGCCUUGGUUAAAAGUGACAAAUGCACGUCAGCUGUAAGGGCAGCACUGGGCCGCUGUUUACUCGCCUUGAUGGAAGUUGACCCUUACUGUAAGUGGGUGGUCUUAUCUCUGAAGGAGGAGGAGCUUCCGGCAUGUGCUCUUUUGCCCUUGCACCUGGCAGACCCCCAUCACCAUGUUCGCAUGCAAGCAGCCAUGAAUGUAGAGAGACUGUUCUUGGAGAAAGUAGGUAGGACUGGAGAGCAAAAGAAGAUGCUCCCACUAAAACACCAGCAAGCAGCCUUUGAGAACGUCUACCUGAAAGCACAGGAGGGGAUGAAGAUCCAGAGAAACGGUUCCCCUGAAGACCUGCCUGAUGAGACCUUUAACCGUCAGGCGACUCUGCUGAAAAGCCUGUCCAUGGUGAUGCGCUGCAGCCCCGUGUGUGAGAAGCAGGCUCUCUUCGCCCUCUUUCAGUCCUACAAGGAGAACAGCAUCGACGAGAACCUGAUUAAAAAGGUGUUGGUGAGCGUUUCUCUUUCUCUGGGCUACAGAAGCUCUGAGGCGUUUGUCUGCUCUCAUCUGAAUUAUCUAGUGGCUGAAUGGCUGAGCCAGAGACAGACGGAGACCAGCUACACGCUACAGUCCUUCCCUUAUACCCUUUUAUCCUGCAGCACUCUGGAGGAGUUUUACAGGUCAUCGUAUCAUGUUCUUAUCCCACGCUUGAUCUUCCUGAACGACUUUGAGCAGGUGAAAUCUAUCGGGAGUCACCUGAAGCAAGACUGGAGGCAGCUGGUGGCCAUCUGCUUCCCUAAAAUCAUGGUGAACAUCCUGCCACACUUCGCCCUCCCCGGCCAUGAUGCAGAGGCGGCAAAGCAGAGAGAGAAAGCACACCAUGUUUAUGACCUGCUGAAGGACGACCAGUGCCUGGGGAAACAGCAAAUCGACAAUCUGAUAUGCGGCAACCUGGCAGACAUUGUUGUCGAGCUGUUGAUGACGCUGUACGAGGGCGCAGGAUCAGGCACUGCUGAAAGAGGAGACCUGCAGAAGUUUAUUGGGGAGCUGGAUCCUGCUCCGAAUCCACCUUUCUUCAGCUCACACGUGAUUAAAGCAACACUGGAUUACCUCAGCAAGUGUCAUAGCAACAGUCAGAAGUCUCUGGUAGCCAUACUCUCCAAGACUCCGAUGUCCAUACAGAAGAUCCUGACUUCAGUUUGCCAGCGUGCAGCCGAGACCACCAACGCCUACGAGAGGCACCGCAUCCUCAUGAUGUAUCACCUGUUUGUGAACCUGCUGCUGUGUGAGGUUAAGGAUGGCCUGGGUGGAGCAUGGGCCUUUGUGCUCCGAGACAUCAUCUACACCCUUAUACACCACAUCAACAGCAGGUCGGGUCAUCAGGACGAGGUCUCUGCGCGCAGUCUUGCUCUGUGCUGCGACCUGCUCACUACCGUAUGCCAGACUGCCAUCCGCGUCUGCGACGAUGCUCUAGAGAGCCACCUACAGGUCAUUGUAGGAACUCUCACGGCACAAGUCACCGAGCAGACGACCAUAUCUCAACAGGUGCUGAGUCUGCUCAAGUUUCUGGUGAUAGAAAACCCAGAUAACACGUAUCUGAGGAGAGCAAUCCCUUUGCUUGAGCCUUUUCCUGAUCAGCCGGCCUUCGCAGAGCUCCGAUCGGCUCAGCAUGCGCUCAAAUACAGCUCUGGAGCCUUCACCCUCAGACAGGAGAUUGAGCAUUUCCUGUCCAUGACAUCAUGUGACUCGCUACCUCUUACUCGAAUGGAGGGCCUUAAAGAUUUAAAGAGACAGUUACACACUCACAAACAGCAGAUUGAGCAGCUGCUAAAAGAAUGUCACGCUGAUCCUGCCCACAGUGUGCUGGUCAAGCUGGUGCUGAACCUCUUGCAGCUGUGCAAACUGGCAGCCAACCAUCCUGGAGGCAGAGAUAUUUUAGAGGCUGUUGGGGGUUGCUUGGGAGAACUCGGGCCUGUGGACUUGUCUACCAUUGCGCUGCAUCAUGGGAAAGAUCAGAUGUACACCCAGGCAACAUCUCUUUAUCCUAAUGUUCUUCAUCAGUGGGUCUCCAUCAUCCUCAGCUGCAUGAACAACGCGCUGACGAACCAGAGUAUUUCUGUCCGCCAGGCCGCUGCUGCGUGUUUGAAGGACAUUUUGGCCACUUCGUCCGGUUUGGAUUUCUGGGAGGUGCACAAGAGCCAGAGAGACCCAAUGCUGCUUUACCUGAGUCCUUUUCGCUCAGCAAAGAAAAAAGAGAAGACGGUGAGACCGGAGGUCACAUCAGCUUCCAGAGAUCGAGUGGACAGUUCAGAGUUGUGGUCAGUGCAGCCUGGAAAACACAAGGAAUGGCUAAGGAACUUGUGCAUGGCUCUGCUGGACAGUGGAGGGGUCUGCAACGAAGCCCUACUCAUGACCAGAGCCCUUUGUGAGGUGAAAACAGAUUUCUGCCAAAAGAUGCUUCCCCUCUUCAUCCAUGACAUGCUGCUGGGAGACACAAAUGGCUCAUGGAGGGAACUUCUCUCCGUACAUAUCCAGCGCUUCUUCAGCAGCUGCUGCAGACCGGGCGUUUCCGGCAGCCGACCCACCACCCCCAUGCCCUCUGAUUCAGGAGACACGGAUGUUGGAGUUCAGAGCCAACCAGAUAAAUGUUCUCUGCGCACCAUGCUAGCUGUCAUCGACUACCUCAGACAGCAGAGACGACCACUGGGACCUAACAGUGCUGAGUGUGGAACCGUGUGCGAAUCCAACUUCUGGCUGGACCUGAACUAUCUAGAAGUGGCUCGAGCAGCACAGCUCUGCUCCGCCCAUUUCACCGCCCUGCUGUACUCUGAGAUCUAUGUGGACAACAUCCGCAACAACAUGGAGGAGAAGCGCAGAGCUCAAUCCAGAACAUCACGCAGGCUCACGUUUGAUGAUAACAGCCAAAACCUGUCCAUCGGCAGUAUGUCUGAGAAGAGUAUAGAGGACUCGGGCAUGAGCCUGCAGGAUAUCCUGAUUGAGGUGUACAGGAGCAUCGGGGAGCCUGAUAGCCUGUACGGAUGUGGAGGUGGCAAGUUGAUUAAUCCUCUCACUAGAAUCAGGACGUACGAGCACGAGGCCAUGUGGGGUAAGGCUCUGGCCUCCUAUGACCUUCAUGCCAAUCUCCCAGAGGUGACGAGGCAGGUUGGCAUAAUGGAGGGUUUGCAGAAUUUAGGGCUCUGUGGGAUCCUGAACACGUACCUGCACGGUCUGAGAAGACACGGGGCUGAGUGGGCACCCGAGUUUCGAGAAUUUCACUUCCAAGCAGCCUGGAGGAACACGCAGUGGGAGACGGACUUGGACGAGCGGAGUGAGAAACUGGAUCCCGGCUUCAACGAGUCUAUGUUCACUGCUCUACAAGCGCUGAAGGACAAAGACUUCUUCAUGUUUGAGCAAACACUGAAAUACACCAGAGGCAGCGUGGUUGAGGAGCUCUGUCGUGGCAGUCUGGAGGCCGCGUCCUCUCUCUAUCCGGCUCUAUGCAGCUUGCAGAUGAUCGAGGAAAUCCAAAGCGUCAAACAGCUUUUCAGUGAAUCCAGCCAACUGGACGUCUGCAGGAAGUGGCAUCAGCACUUGGACCUGCUGACAGACAGUGAUUUCAGCCUGGUGGAGCCGAUCCUGGCGCUGCGCUCAUCCAUUCAGGAGACGCUUCUCAAAUGCGAGAGCGACCCAGACAGGAAGAGCUUCCUGAGCUCCACCUACUCCUCACACCUGAUGGAACUGUGCAGACUGGCACGCGCUGCAGGAAACACACAGCUGGCAGAGCGGGCGGUGUUUCAGAUGAAACAACAGAACAUGGCGAGUGUGAGUGCUGCUACUUCCUGGGCGUGGCAGCUGGAAGAGGCGCAAGUGUUCUGGGUGAAGAAGGAGCAAGGACUUGCUCUGAGAUUACUCAAACAGAUGAUCGAUAAACUGGAGGAUCUGGUGGGUGUGAACUCUGCUGUGUUGCCAGUGUACGCUGAGUGUUUGAGACUAUGUGGCAGCUGGCUGGCUGAGACAUGUUUAGAGAGUCCUGCUGUAAUACUGGAAACCUACCUGGAGAGAGCUGUCACUGUGGGCCAGGACAGCUCUUCAGAACCUAAACUGCAGCGGCAGAAAACUCAGGCGUUCCUCUCGCUCGCCCGCUUCUCUGAUGCCCAGUAUCAAAGUAUCAAGAACUACAUGAGGUCAUCGGAGUUUGAGAACAAACAGGCGCUGCUGGAGAAGGCCAGAGAGGAAGUGGAGCUCAUGAAGGAGAGAAAAGUGGUCGAUAACAGGUACACAGUGAAGGUGCAGAGGGAGCUGAAACUGGACGUCCGUGCUUUAGACAACCUGAAGGCCGACCGCAGACGCUUCCUGCUAAAGGCGGUGGAGAAUUACACACACUGCCUCGCACUGGGUGAAGAACAUGACACCUGGGUGUUCCGGCUGGCGUCACUCUGGCUGGAGAACGUCGACGCGAAGAACGUCAACGACCUGAUGAAAGUAGGUGUCCAAAAGAUCCCAUCCUACAAGUUCCUGCCUCUCAUGUACCAGCUUGCUGCCCGCAUGGGCACCAAAAUGUCCAGUCCUGGCACUGCAGAGGAUGCGGAAUUCCACACUGUUCUCAACGAGCUGAUCCGUAGGUCAUCCAUGGACCACCCUCAUCACACACUCUUCAUCAUCCUCGCUCUGGUCAAUGCCAACAAGGACGAGUGCUAUUCCCGCAGCCGUCUGUCCAAGAGCAGCGCGCGGCAGGCUUCGCCCCUGGACCUGGACAGAGCCAACGUGGCACAGAAAAUCCUCAAUGAGAUCCGGAAGAAGAAGGCACGGCUGAUCCGGGGUAUUGAGACCCUCUGCCACGCCUACAUCACCCUCGCGUACAUGGAUGCACGCGGCCAUAAAACUGAGAAGAAGGCAAUCCCCAUCCCAGCAGAUCAACCCAUAAUGCAGAUUAGGGAUCUAGAGGACGUCAUAAUCCCCACCAUGGAGAUCAAGGUGGAUCCAUCAGGGAAAUAUGAGGAUCUGGUGACCGUCAGUUCUUUUAAACCUCACUUCCACCUGGCUGGAGGCGUCAACCUGCCGAAGAUCAUCGACUGUGUGGGCUCAGACGGUCAGAGCAGGAGACAGCUAGUCAAGGGGCAGGAUGAUCUGAGGCAGGAUGCAGUGAUGCAGCAGGUAUUUCAGAUGUGCUCCACACUGCUGCAGCGCAACGCUGACACACGCAGGAGGAAACUGAACAUUCGCCGCUACAAGGUGGUGCCUUUCUCUCAGAGGAGUGGUGUUCUGGAGUGGUGCUCUGGUACUGUCCCGAUAGGAGAGUUUCUAGUGGACUCUCAGAAGGGAGCACACAAACGUUUUCGGCCUCGAGACUGGAGCAACAUGGAUUGUCGCAGGAAAAUGAUGGAAGCGCAGAAGAUGGAAUUUGACAAGAAGCUCCAGGCGUACAUGGAGGUGUGCCAGAACUUUCGUCCCGUUUUCCGUUACUUCUGCAUGGAGAAAUUCCUGGACCCGGCCAUAUGGAUGGAGAAAAGACUGGCAUACACACACAGCGUGGCUACUUCCUCUAUAGUGGGCUACAUCGUUGGUCUGGGUGAUCGACACAUCCAGAACAUUCUGAUAGAUGAGCAGACAGCAGAACUGGUGCACAUAGACCUGGGUGUUGCCUUUGAGCAAGGGAAGAUCUUGCCCACUCCAGAGACUGUGCCCUUCAGGCUGUCUAGAGACAUUGUGGAUGGCAUGGGCAUCACCGGUGUAGAAGGAGUCUUCCGAAGGUGCUGUGAGAAGACCAUGGAGGUCAUGAGGAGUUCUCAGGAGGUUCUCUUGACCAUAGUGGAGGUGUUGUUGUACGAUCCUUUGUUCGAUUGGACGAUGAACCCACUUAAGGCCUUCUAUCUGCAGCAGCAGGACGAGCAGGCCGAGCUAAACGCCACCCUCAACCCCACACCUGGAGGAGAGGAACCCGAAACCCACCGCAAACCCAGCAGCGACAGUCAGAGCUUCAACAAGGUGGCGGAGCGCGUGCUGCUGCGGCUGCAGGAGAAACUCAAAGGUGUGGAGGAGGGAACGGUGCUCAGUGUCGGCGGCCAAGUCAACCUCCUCAUCCAGCAGGCCAUGGAUCCUAAAAACCUGAGCCGCCUCUUCCCCGGCUGGCAGGCAUGGGUUUGAAACACACACCUGCUAGAGUUGUUUCGUUAUCUUGUAUAUGCAAUUAAUCACGCUCAUGCUUUGCGAAAUGAGCAAAAGUUACUCCUGUACUGUAUGUAAUUCCAUCAGGAAUUUCUUGGAAAAGAUUCUUUGCACUAUCGGAUACAGUGAUACGGUUGUUUACUACAGCUGAGUGCAAAAGUUUGUGUACCCUUGAAUAGACAGGACCCUUGUGGUCCUGUCCCCCCAACCCCCCCCAACAAAUGAAUUAUAAUCGUAUAUUUCUGACAACCCUUGAUUUGCUUUAAUACAUAGGCCUAUAUAUUUAUGUAUUGAUCAUUUGAUGUUGUGAGAUGUUCAGAGCUGCUUAAUCGGAUUGAGCAGGGCCUCAUUAGUACUUUAUCGACCCACGUUUUAACAGUGUUAUAGUAGUUAAAUCACAUCGAGUUAAAUGCUUCUUUUAAGAGUACACAUUGUGAAAUAUCAGAUGCAAUCACGUUUAUCAAAAAAAAGUUCAAAAUGUUCUUUUCCCCAUCAGACCAUAAUUUCACAAUCCCAAAAUGUGAAAUGCCACAAGAUGCGAUGAAUGAAUGUUUUAUAGUUCUGUUGUAUUACAGGCUGGAAAAUUAAAUAAUAAAUGCAAUUAAAUAUCAGGUUCUUUUGAUUCCACAAGCAUUGUUGACACGCUGCGUGUCCAGGGGUACGAGAUUAGCCAUGUUUCAUUGAGAAAUAACAUGACACUGGCUGUGUUUCCAUCCAAGUUGCGAAUUUAACUUUUUUGUUUGUGCAUUUGAGAUUAAAGCACCGUUUCCAUCCACGUGUUCAAGAGAACAAAACCGUCACGUUCGGGGACACGAUCUAUCCAAACAUACUUCUCGCCCUCCGCCAUUUUUACUCUUCUGAGCCCAGUUAUCCAGUCACACGAUUUGUUCACACAAAGUCACAUGAGGAAUUUAUCCAAUAAAUGUGUUUCCAUCAUCGUUUUGUGCGCAUGUCUUCUUAUCGAGUAAAAAAAAAAAUUAUCCGCCUCAAUUGAGCGCACAAGUUUUUUUUUUGUUGUUGUUUUCUUUGGAGAUCUGUGUGGUCAGUCAUGCUUGGAUAAGAGUACUACUCUGACAAGAGUAGCUUAAUUAAUCCAGUAACACUUUGCAGUAUUGUUCUGUAGUUAAUAUCUAAUAAUGUGUGUAAAGCAGGAAUGAAUGAAUGAAUAUUAGGAUACUCUGUUGUGCUAUUUAUAGACAUUUGGAUAAGAUGAGAUAUAUAACUUUAUUAAUCCCCCGUAGGGGAAAUUUAGGUCAACAUAGCAGCACGAAGGAAUAUAAAAGAACAGAACAGGUGCCGUAUUGUAGAAGUAUUCACACACUAUUUACACUAUACAAUCAAUAAUAAUUAUUUUCAACCAAUUAAUGUCUCAGAUAUAAUCAGGCUUAAAUCUGUCAGUUUGGUGCUGUGGUGUUGUGGAGCCUGAGGGCUGAUGGCACAAAUGCCACAAAUGAGUCUGGAUGUCCGGAGGAUACGGUGAGGAUAAGGAUGUAAAGCUGCUCAGUCUGGCGGUGUCGCUGUUGCCUUUUUUAUCAGCAUUGUUGGGGUGAAGAGACCGAGUCCUCACACAGAGUUAAAUGUAAAACCCAGAUCGGGUCAUUUAUGUAAUUGGGUCGAAAAUAGAACGGAACACACUUUGGGUUCAUUGUUGUGCAAUACAAAACUUGGUUCAUAUUGACCCUUGUUUCUGGGGUUUUCUAUUCACGAUUAUUCAUGAUCCAGACAGUGUUAUUUGAAAAGGUAGUGUAUUUAUUUUACUUUUCUGAGAGAUGUAUUUAGUCCUUACAUUUAGGACUUGCAUUUAUUACAAUAACCAGCUAAAGACUGAUGGAGAUGACAUGUGGAAACUACUAAGCAAAGAACAAGUCAAUAGAUUUCGUUCAGUAGAGCACCGUUUUUGACCUCAUGAAGAUGUUUCACCGUUGAGGUCCUCUACGAUGAUGGAAAAUCCCCACCAUUUUAUUAGUGUGUAACUUAUACAAGUGGCAUCAUGAGACUGAUCUGACACCAGGGUCCAGAAUGUAACCAUCUAUACUGUAGGUAUUUUUGUUGUUGUUACAGACCUUCCCCUUUGUUUAGAGAUGUUUAUGGUGCACUUUCACUUACUGUAUACGGGGUCCUUUCCAAACGUGCAUGGUUGUCCUUUGGUUGGUUGUAAGUACAUUCUAAGGCAAAAGGUUUGUGGACAUCUGACCUGCUUUUUGAACAUCCCAUUCCAGAUGUAGUCCCUCUUUGCUGUUAUAAUAAACUCUACACUUCUGGGAAGGCUUUCCACUAGAUUUUGGAGCGUGGCUGUGGGGAUUUGUUUUCAUUCAGCCACAAGAUUAGUGGUGAGGUCAGGCGUUGAUGUUUGACGAGGAGGUCUGGCGCAAAGUCGGCGUUCCAGUUCAUCCCGAAGGUGUUCGGUGGAGUUGAGGUCCGUGCUCUGUGAAGGACACUCGAGUUCUACCAUAUCAACCUUGGCAAAACAUGCAUGGACUUCAUGGUGUGCACAGGGGCGCUGUCAUGCUGGACAGGUUCAGCCCAGUUAGUUCAGUGAUGGGAAUCUGUAAUGGGACAUGUCAUACAAUUGUGUGCCUCCAACUUUGUUUCAACAGUUUUGAGAAGGUCCACAUACGGGUGUGAUGGUCAGGUGUCCACAAAUAAUAUAGUCUGUAUAGCUGCAUCGUUAACCUGAGGAAGCAUGCUGUAGUUAACGUUUGUCGUCUCAAGCCCCUCAGUAGUCUUAGCACUGAGCUUGUGGG